CGUGCCCUAAACUGGAGGCAUGUCCAGGCAUAACACAAACACACAGGAAGUGAGUCAGAACAUGAAGAUCUAUAGCUAGUAAAUAGAGAGAGGUGUGAGUAAGUGAGUGAUGGGACCUGUGAUACCUUUAAUACGCGCGUGAUUAUCACAACAUGUGAACACGUGAUUACAGCAGCAGUAUAAUCACCAGUACUCUGUAAUAGUGAUGAGAGUCUGAGCUGCUGCUGCUGCUGUUAUCAUGGAGUCUCAGAGUGAAGAGUGGGACAACAUCAGCGACUCUGAGCUCCUGGAUAUCGAUCUAGAUCACUACAGCUCAGAUGAACAACCUAAGCCAUCCUGUAGCAAACCUGACACCAGUAAAGACACUGUGAACGCCAUAAUUUCCUUACCAUCAGAUCACAGGAAUGAACUGGGCCUGCAGCAGAGGAGUGUUAAAACAGAUGAGGAGAGAGGUGAGAAGAGGAAGAGAAACGCUGGGGUUGUCCAAAAGCCCUUACUGCGCUUCAUGAAGCGUCACCUGAGUGUAACCCAGCUGUGUGAGCAGACCUGGUGUGAGCUAAAGCUCGAAUACGGCAUCCGAAAUCCUCAAAUCAGGAAAACAGACGAGCGGCGGACAGAGAUCCAGACAGGCGCCAGUAUUCACCUGGCAAGAGAGCUGGAAGUUCAUUCAGUGAUUCCUAUUGAUACGAAGACCAGAGAGGAUUCUUUUGGUAUCAGGAUCCUUAAUGUGCUACAUAUGAUUCCCAUACUGGAAGCAGGCCAGUGUGUGCGUGAGUUUCCAGUGUUUGGAGUGUUGGAAGGUGUGAAUAUUAUGGGAGUCAUUGAUGAGCUGAGUUAUAACCAGAAGGGGGAGCUGGUGUUGAACGAGCUUAAGACCCGCAGGCACGACUCUCUCCCUGGAGAUGCUCAGGCCCUCGGACACUCAUUUCAGGUUGGCUUGUAUAAGCUUCUGUUUGAUGGACUGAUCAGAGGAGAAGUGAGGAGAGAGCACAUUGUGAACAAUUUCACACUGCGACCCUCGCAGGUACUGGGAUCUGAGGUUCAGGCACAUGCUCUGAGGAUCGGGAUUAAUGUGGUUACGUUCGGUGAGCUGGUGGACACUUUUCUCAUGGUCCUGUCCUGUACUGAGGUGCCGUGCAUCGACCUCCUCCAGAUGGAGUACCGUCACCAGGACUCUAAUAGCCUCAUCGGCACCAGGGUGGUCCCCUUCGACGAGGCACAGCUACGGUCAGACCUGCGGGGCUACCUGGCCUACUGGACCGGCCAGAGGGAGCCCAGAGGAGUGGAUAUAGAGGAUGCAUGGAAGUGCACCAUGUGUCCCUACAGCGAGAUCUGUGACUGGAGGAAGAACAGCUCACAAGCCCCUGAGACUCUUCACACUAACAAGAGAAUCAAAUGAAUUGACAUACAGAAAAAAACAUUAUUUGUAGCAGCUGUGACUCUAAUGCCCCUAAUACCUCUAAGCGUAUGCCUGUAAUCAGCAUUUUAGCAUUUUUAUAACAUUUUUUUUUACUAUCAUUUUUUUAUACCUAUGAUUUAUUUUACAUACUUUGAAGUAGCUUAAGCUAAGCAUAAGCUGACUUUCCUGAAUAAUUAAGACUGUUUAAGACAGCGUAAUCAUGCACUGAUUUUGUAUGAAAGGUUUUAAAUAAGGUUUAAUAUCCUUUUUCAGAUAUGAAUGUAAAAUUAUUUGAUAGAAGGACUGUUUACGUAAGCGUUUAAAAAAAAAAACUGCUGUUAGUUUAUAAAAACUGACAAAUGUACUUUUUAAUGAAAUUAACAUAUGAAAUUAUGUCCAUAUUCUGUCCAUAGGAUGAGGCUAAUAUUUAAAAAGUAAAGUGGAAAAAUGUACAUCAAAAGUUCAAAGUAACUACUAUGAAAAACAUUUAGUACCAGUCAAAUGUUUGAACACACAUUCUCUAAUAUUUCUCUCAUUUUUAUCAUUUUUUACAUUUUAGAUUAAAAUUAAAGACUUAAAAAACACCUGAUAGAUAAAACCGAGUUGAAGCUCAGAGUAAAAGAAAAACAGUUAACAAGAGCUUAGCCCAGCUUCUCAUGAAGCUGAGUGAGAGAAUGAUGCCAAGAGAGGGCAAAUUUGGCAUCAAAACAAAAGGAGCUUUUUUUUUAAGCAUCUAAAGUAUAAAAUCUAUUUGGGCCUGUUUAACACUUUUUUGUUUAUUCAUAAUUGCAUGUGUUACUUCAUAUUUUUGAUGUAUUCAGUAUUAAUAAUCAUAAAAAAUAAUAAGAAAGAAAAAAAUAAUUAAAUGAGAAGUGUGUCCAAACAUUUGACAGGUACUGUAUAUUCAAUUUAAUUGUAAAGGAAGUAAAUUAUGAUUUUCCAUGAAAAUGUGAGGUAAGAAAAUAAGUUUAAAGCAAACACAGUUUUUGUCUAAAGUUCAUCAAGUUGUUAAUAUAAUGAAAAAAAUAGGUAUAAUUUUCCACUCUUGAUGUAGCAUGAAAGUGUGUUUACUGCACAAUACUUUAUUUGAAUGCAAUACUGAUUUUGCCCAUUAGAUGAGGCUGUUGUUACAUUUUUUUUCCAUGUUUUCUCUGAAUGAAAAUCAGGAGACAAAUACGCUAGAGCGGUAAGACAAAACUCAGACCAUUCCUGCCUUGUAAAAUGACCAAAUAAGGAUGCAUCAUUCUGUCUGUACUUAUGUCUGAUUCCUGUGGAACUGCCCAGUCCUCAAGCAUCAUUCUGUGUGACAUUUACUGCUGACAUUAAAAUAAUUUUCAGUAAAAA